GGUACGGUACGGCGAUUAGGAACAACCUAAUUAUUCCCCUUGACUCGUUCUUCAGCGACCUUGAGACAUGAUGGCAGCGAUCAGAUCAUCUCGUGCAGUUUUCGGGAAUUUCCUGCAAAAGAACUUAUGUCCUGCAAUUUCUGCAAGAGCAAGUUCAGUAUGGGCGGGCGUCCCCAUGGGGCCACCAGAUGCCAUUCUGGGCGUCACAGAAGCUUUCAAGAAGGAUACUAAUCCAAAAAAGAUCAACCUUGGUGUUGGGGCAUACAGGGGUGAUGAUGGAAAGCCAUUUAUACUGGAAUGUGUGAAAAAGGCCAAACUGGACUUGUAUGAGGCUGAGCGACAGAUGUUAGAGGAAGGACUUGACCAUGAGUAUGCACCAAUAUCUGGGUUCCCAGCAUUCACCAGUGCUUCAGCUGCUCUUGCAUUUGGUGACAACAGCCCUGUUGUUAAAGAGGGACUGAACGCUACUACUCAAGGUGUGUCUGGUACAGGGUCAUUGAGAAUCGGUGCUGCUUUCCUGUCCAGGUUUUAUGCCUGCAAAGAAAUUUAUUUCCCAGCACCCACCUGGGGAAACCACAACCCGAUCUUCAAGGAUUCUGGAAUGUCCAUUAAAAGUUAUAGAUACUAUGAUCCUAAAACCUGCGGAUUUGAUUUCAAUGGGGCCAUUGAAGAUAUCAGUAAAAUUCCAGAAGGCUCAGUAAUUUUACUGCAUGCGUGUGCACACAACCCCACUGGUGUUGACCCUAAGCCAGAACAGUGGAAAGAAAUGAGCCAGGUCAUCAAGAAAAGAAACCUGUACCCUUACUUUGACAUGGCGUACCAGGGUUUUGCUAGUGGAGAUAUUGAUAAAGAUGCUUACGCAUUAAGGUUGUUCAUUGAAGACGGUCAUAAACCUUGUCUUGCUCAGUCAUUUGCCAAAAAUAUGGGUCUUUACGGUGAGAGAGCGGGAGCAUUUACCAUUGUGUGUUCUGACAAAGAUGAGCAGGCACGAGUUUUGUCCCAGAUAAAGAUCCUGAUUCGACCAAUGUAUUCAAACCCACCAAUCCAUGGUGCUCAUAUUGUAUCCAAGGUGCUUAACACUCCAGAACUGAGGAAAGAAUGGUUAGGAGAAGUGAAGUCAAUGGCAGACAGAAUUAUCACAAUGAGAUCAAUGCUUAAGGAUGGUUUGGCAUCGGAAGGAUCAAAACAUAACUGGCAACAUAUAACCGACCAAAUUGGAAUGUUCUGUUUUACUGGACUUAAACCCGACCAGGUUGACAGAUUAAUCAAGGAGUUCUCUAUAUACCUAACAAAGGAUGGUAGAAUAUCAGUGGCAGGUCUUUCCUCUUCCAACGUGGGUUAUCUCGCAGAAGCAAUGCACCAAGUUACAAAAUAAGUUGAGUUACAGACAGAGACUUUUUCUUAAAAUCCCAUAAAUUAUUUUUAUCAACGUUUUGUUUUUUUUUGAAAAUCUUAAAAAAUGUUGUUAUGGAAUUGUAUGAAUGUUGUUGAUUUUUAUUUUGUUUUUGGCUUUUUAGUUCAUUAAGAAUUAAAAUCGUCUACAAAGGGUUUGCCCUUCCAUUGUUUAUAUUGGAUUAUAUAGUAUAUUGAUUAUACUUACGAUGGCUCCAAGUGUGCACAAAGCAAAAUGAAAAUAUUUUAAAUUUUGUUACCUUUCUGUAUAUGAGUCGUGCCAUGAGAAAACCAACAAGUGGGUUUGCGACCAGCAUGGAUCCAGACAGCCUGCGCAUCCGGGCAGUCUGGUCAGGAUCCAUGCUGUUCGCUUUAAUAGCCUAUUGGAAUUAGAGAAACUGUUAGCGAACAGCAUGGAUCCUGACCAGACUGCGUGGAUGUGCAGGCUGGUCUGGAUCCAUGCUGGUCACAAACCCACUAUGUUGGUUUUCUCAUGGCAUGGCUCAUAUAUUAUGUGUUAAAUUAUAGAAAUCCUGCUUUAGUUCAUGCAAUAUAACUAGUCAGACUUGCUUGAGAGACCACUUUUGUUUAUAGACCACUCGCCUUAAAAGACUAGUUUUUGCAGUUCCUUUUUGUGUUGUUAAAGAAGAAAUUAUGUUGUAUUAAGAGACAAUUUUCUGCACUUCCCAGAGGUAGUGUCUUAAUGCAAGUAGCCCGCCAGCUUAGCUCAGUGUGGGGGUAGGCCUGUUGUUAUAGUAUGGUUGCAAUUGUUAUGUUGAAGAGCACUAAAUUUUCCUUCCUAACUUGUGAGCAUUUAUUGAUUGACGUUGCAUGAAUUUCAUAAGCUGAUAAAGAAAUGUAGCAAUAGAAGUGCAUGCAUUGAUUUACAGCAGUUUGAUACAGUCCCUAAGAUGCAAUCGGACUAGACUUGUUCCAGGUAGAGAAGUACAGGAAAAAAUACUUUGUCUGAUGGAUUUCAUGGGUUGGCUCUUCAAACACAUGUCUGCGCAAUUCCUCAGAACCGUAGUCGUUAGUCUGACGAUCAAAGUUGGCUUUGGUGUACUAUCACGUAUUGCAGAUCUGAUGUUUCCUUAUUUGUUACACAUUUAGAGCUUUUUUAUGACCACCAUUUUAUUUUUUACGAGAUCAAAAAUAGAAAAUGACCUUUUUCUUGUUAAUAUUACAUUAUCCUUGCUUUGAUUAAAUUGUGGUAUAUACAGGAAUUUUUGCAGUUUUUGAUUCAUGGUGUGUGUAUCAGUCCCUGGUACAAAUAUUUUGGAAUUAGAUAUAUAUUUUGAGUCAAAAUGGCAAUGAGUUAGCAUAAUAUAUUGUGAGCUUUCAUGAGCAAUUAUAUAGAUCAACAAAGAAAAAAGUUGAUAAUUGAUUCGGGAUGCAGAAAGAAGUGAAUUGACAGUUAUUAUAAGAAUUUUGUUUGCAAGAUAAAAGGUUGAAAGAGAUUUGAGGAAAAGAGUAAAAAUAUACAUACAGAAUUAAAUAAUUGGCAAUUCAGGGUAUUAUUAUCUGCAGAUAUUGUAAAAGCAGAAAUUUUCGCUAGGGUUUAUAUUUCGCUAUAUUCGCGAGACCUUACAUAUCGCGAAAAUUAAUCCUCGAGUAAAUAUUCAAUAUUGAUAUAAUACAAAUUCAAGUAGGAUACUAUUUUUACAGUUUCGCGAAUAUUAAACCUUGUGAAAAUACUCAAAAUUUCAAAACCCCAGCGAAAAUAUAUGCUUUUACAGUAUGUACGAUUUCUAUUAGAUUUAUUCCUUCUUAAGCAGAAAAAUGAUAAUUAUUUAUAUUAUUCGGAUUACAAGAGUUAAAUGGAAGAAUUACUACAUAUUUAUUAUUAGUAAUAAACUGUAGAAUUAUUGUUAAUACUGCUUUGUUGUUGUUGUUAUAAAGCUUUUGAGUAUCAUUGCACAUUUUCUUUUUGAAUAUUUUUAUGAGAUCAGUGUAGUCUGAGUUUGUAAAUUCUAGAUGAAAAUUAUUAGAUCUAUGUUGCUAAACUUAUUGUCAAUCUGAAAAAUACUUUUAUUUUUAUGCAUUUUAAAUAACACUUAACCAAAACAGGCAGGCUGUAACAUUUUUGUGUCUAAAUUGGUGCAUUUUUAAUAGCGAAAAAUUUGAUGCUAGAACAAGAAUACAUUUGUAUCACUUACAUGGCCAUCAUUAUUUACCAUCAGUUGGGAAAUAAGAAACAAACAUUUUCUACUAUAUGCCUAUUCUCCCAACGUGGAAUGUUCUUAGGGUUAAUGAAAGCCUAUGGUUUACAACUGAAUAAAUGUCUUUCUGGUAUGAUUAUUGAAUGGGCCUGCUUCCAGGUUUAUGUUUUUGGUUUUUAGCUCAUCUGAUUUUUUGAAAAAAAAUGAUGAGUUAUUGUCAUCACUUGAGCGGUUGUCGGCGUCGGCGUCUGCGUUGGCGUUGCCUGGUUAAGUUUUAUGUUUAGGUCAGCUUUUCUCCUAAACUAUCAAAGCUAUUGCUUUGAAACUUGGAAUACUUGUUCACCAUCAUAAGCUGACCCUGUAUAGCAAGAAACAUAACUCCAUCUUGCUUUUUGCAAGAUUUAUGGCCCCUUUUGUACUUAGAAAAUAUCAGAUUUCUUGGUUAAGUUUUAUGUUUAGGUCAGCUUUUCUCCUAAACUAUCAAAGCUUUUGCUUUUAAACUUGGAAUACUUGUUCACCAUCAUAAGCAGACCCUGUACAUCAAGAAACAUAACUCCAUCUUGCUUUUUGCAAGAAUUAUUGCCCCUUUUGGACUUAGAAAAUCAGUUUUCUUGGUUAAGUUUUAUGUUUAGGUCAGCUUUUAUCCUAAACUAUCAAAGCUAUUCCUUUAAAACUUGCAACACUUGUUCACCAUCAUAAGCUGACCCUGUACAGCAAGAAACAUAACUCCAUCCUGCUUUUUGCAAGAUUUAUGGCCCCUUUUGGACUUAGAAAAUAUCAGAUUUCUUGGUUAAGUUUUAUGUUUAGGUCAACUUUUUCUCUUAAACUAUCAAAGCUAAUGCUUUAAAACUUGCAACUCUUGUUCACCAUCAUAAGCUGACCCUGUACAGCAAGCAACAUAACUCCAUCCUGCUUUUUGCAAUAAUUAUUGCCCCUUUUGGACUUAGAAAAAUCAUUUUCUUGGUUGAAUAUUAUGUUUAAGUCAACUUUUCUCAUAAACUAUCAAAGCUAUUGCUUUAAAACUUGCAACAGUUUUUCACCAUCAUAAGUGGACACUGUACAUCAAGAAACAUAACUCUAUCCUGCUUUUUGCAAGAGUUAUGGCCCUUUUUAGACUUAGAAAAUCAUGGGUAGGACAAUAUUUCUAUUAUACAAAAAAAAAUCAGAUGAGCGUCAGCACCCGCAAGGCGGUGCUCUUGUUAUCCAAAAUUACAAGUAGUUUUGAAUAAAAGUGAACCCUAAGGUAUUGGACCUGUUACGAUACUUAACGAUCUCUGUGCGAUUACGAAAUUUCAGAAUUCUACUUGGUUGUCUAUACCAGCAGAGAAAUCAUCAAAUACCAAAAUCACAUUUGGCAAAUAUGGAGGGAUGGUAAUCAAAUGGAUAUUGUCAAUUACAAUUACAGGUUUAGAGAUACAGUGAGAGUUCUACGCAGUAUAUAUUUAUACAGCUGCAGAGUGUAAAGUAACUAGAAAACAUAAUCUAUAGCAUAAGUGACACAGUAAAAUUUAAUGUGAAGAAAAAAGAAAUUACUUUAUAUCCUAAGCAUAAAAAAAUCAACUUAAAAGAUAUUUAUUAGUUUUGGAUAUUUUGAUUGACACUGCUGUCUGAUUUAAAAAGAAUGGGUAUCUUGGUGUACCUCCUCAUGUGUGUCCCUUUAAAGAUAUCCAUCGCCCAACAUUUGUUAAAAUAUUUUAUCUUUUGAUAUUUAUUUCAAAUGUAGAAAAUUCUCUUGUCGCAAUGAGAUUUAUUUAGCUUUAACAAAUAUACAAAUUGAUUGUGUAAUGAAGAGCUACAUUCAUAAUUAAAUGGCAAACUUCCAAUUAUUUUAAGGGAAAACACAUUCAUACUGUGUUCAGCUGUACUUUUAUUGUUUACAAUUUAACAUGGUGCAUUGUACUGUUAAUACACAUAAACUGUUAAUUUAACAUUCAUAAAACUAUUUGUAUUAAUUGUUCAUGUUUUCAGAUAUGAAACUUUGGUAUUUGAUACCUUUAAAGUGCUGAGGUUUGUUGAUUAGUUCUUGCCGUUUUACAAGUAUGGACUUUGUGGCAUAUAGUGGUUAUACACUUAAAAGUGCUUGUAUUUUGUUAUUUUUCUGCUUACAGAAAUCACUACUCUAUGUUAUUUUGUAGAACAUCUCAACGAUUAAAGGAUUAAUAAAUAUAUUAUGUUAACAAAAAAAAA